AUGGAAGCCAAGGCCAAGUCCGGGGCUACAGCACCCAAGGCGGCACCUAAAGUGGAGAAGAAGGAGCCAGCAGCCCCACGCAAGGCUGAUCCUGCCCCUGCAGCCCCUGCAGCCCCUGAAGUCCCUGCAGCCCCUGAGCCCGAGCUUCCUCAUGCCCAGGAUGGGGCAGCAGAAGCAGAAGCAGAGGCGGCAGGUGACGAGGCUGCGGCCUCCGGCACAGACUCUCUGGAACACCUGAAACCUUUUAUCAUUGGUGGAGCAGUUAUUGCUGCAGGAGCCAUCUUGCUGGGAGUGUUGCUACUGGCACGGAGAAAUUAA